AUGGAUUUAGCCUUAAAGCUUCAAUUGAUAGACCUCCGGUCCAGUUUCCUCACCGGAACCGCCCCUAUUUCCCAUUCCUUCCUCGCCUCCGUCCACCCCUUCAACCGCUCUAUCACCAACACCUUCUCCUCCCUCAAAAAUCCCUACCCUACACCUUUCUCGAAAUUCCAACCUCGAAUUUCCUGUAAAUUACACGCCGUUGCCACUGUGACUUCGUCCUCCACCACCACCCUUGAAGAAGACAUAGAAUCCCUGUUUUCGGAUAAUAAUAAUUCGGAAUCAUCGGAAGUGAAUUACAAGCGUUUGAACAACAAGAACUCGACCGGGGCAUCGAGUAUUUCUUCUGGAGUUAGAUUAGAAAACAUUAGCAAAAGCUAUAAGGGUGUCACUGUAUUGAAAAACGUUAGCUGGGAAGUGAAAAAGGGCGAAAAGGUCGGGUUAGUAGGUGUAAAUGGUGCUGGAAAAACAACCCAGUUGAGAAUUAUAUCUGGUUUGGAAGAACCGGAUUCGGGUAAUGUAAUUAAAGUGAAGAAUAAUAUGAAAGUUGCAUUUUUGAGCCAAGAAUUUGAGGUUUUGUCGACCAGAACAGUGAAAGAAGAAUUCUUGAGCGCAUUUGAAGAGGAAAUGGACGUGGCUGAGAGACUUGAGAAGGUGCAAAAGGCAAUUGAGAAAUCAGUGGAUGAUUUGGAGUUGAUGGGGAGGCUUUUAGAUGAGUUUGAUUUGUUACAGAGGAGGGCUCAGGCCGCUGACUUGAAUGAGGUGGAUGUUAAGAUCAGUAAGUUGAUGCCACAACUUGGAUUCGCCCCUGAGGACGUGGAUAGGCUCGUGGCUUCAUUUAGUGGUGGGUGGCAGAUGAGGAUGUCCCUGGGGAGGAUCUUGUUGCAGGAUCCUGAUUUGUUACUUCUGGAUGAGCCCACAAAUCACCUUGAUCUUGAUACGAUAGAAUGGCUUGAGGGUUAUCUGAGUAAGCAAGAUGUGCCAAUGGUCAUCAUAUCUCAUGACAGGGCAUUUCUUGACCAGCUGUGUACAAAAAUUGUGGAAACCGAUGUUGGCGUUUCCAGGACAUACGAGGGAAAUUACUCUGAAUAUGUGAUUGCAAAAGCAACGUGGGUAGAAUCUCAGUUUGCAGCAUGGGACAAGCAACAGAAGGAAAUUGAACAGACAAAAGAUUUAAUAAGUAGGUUGAGUGCUGGAGCAAAUUCUGGCGGUGCAUCUACUGCUGAAAAGAAGCUGGAAAAACUGCAAGAUGAUGAACAGGUCGAGAAACCCUUUAUUAGGAAGCAAAUGAAGAUCAGGUUCCCUGAGCGUGGAAGAAGUGGCCAAUCUGUUGUGGUGGUAAAGAAUCUGGAAUUUGGUUAUGAGGACCAGGUUCUAUUUAGAAACGCAAAUUUGACAAUUACAAGGGGGGAGAAAAUAGCCAUUCUUGGUCCUAACGGGUGCGGGAAAAGUACGUUGCUUAAACUGAUUAUGGGCUUAGAGAAGCAAAGCAGGGGUGAAGUGUUGCUUGGGGAACAUAAUGUAUUGCCAAAUUAUUUUGAGCAGAAUCAGGCUGAGGCACUUGAUUUAAAUAAAACAGUACUGGAAACAGUUGCGGAAGUUGCAGAGGACUGGAGACUGGAUGAUAUUAAGGGGCUUCUAGGCCGUUGUAAUUUCAAGGUCGAUAUGCUUGACAGAAAAGUUUCCUUCCUAAGUGGUGGUGAGAAGGCUCGACUUGCAUUUUGCAAGUUCAUGGUCAAACCUUCAACUUUGCUUGUUUUGGACGAGCCAACCAAUCAUUUGGAUAUACCUUCAAAAGAGAUGCUUGAGGAGGCAAUAAAUGAGUACAAGGGCACUGUUAUUACAGUUUCUCAUGACCGAUACUUUAUAAAGCAAAUUGUUAACCGGGUAUUGGAAGUGAAAGAUGGGAAUCUACGGGACUAUGCCGGAGAUUACAAUUAUUAUUUAGAGAAGAACCUUGAAGCAAGGGAGAAGGAACUUGAAAGGGAGGCAGAGCUUGAGGAGAAGUCUCCAAAAUCAAAAGCUAAAUCCAAGAUGUCCAAGGCGGAGAAGGAAGCUCGGAAGAAACAGAAAAUGCAGGCGUUUCAAGCAGCAAAACAGAAGUCAAAAGGACUGAAGAAUGCUAAAAGAUGGAAGUGA